GAGCGACACCGGAUCAUGUGACAAAGUAAAGCCAACAUCAGGUGGUUGUUUUCUUCAAAGACUUCAUUUCGUAGACUCCCAGUGUUCUUGUAUCUAUCUCCUCUGUUGAAUAACAUCAAAGUAUAACAGUCCUGCCAAAAUGAGUGACCGCCUUAACGUAUUUCCAUCUAGAAUGGCCCUGACCUUGAUGAAGGGCAGGUUGAAGGGAGCACAGAAAGGCCACAGUUUAUUGAAGAAGAAAGCUGAUGCUUUGACGUUAAGGUUCCGAUCCAUUCUAAAACGGAUCAUUGAGACCAAGAUGUUAAUGGGAGAUAUAAUGAAAGAAGCAACAUUUUCCUUAGCUGAAGCCAAGUUUACCACUGGUGAUUUCAAUCAUAUUGUCCUACAGAAUGUUAACAAGGCCCAGAUCAAGGUGCGGUCUAAAAAAGAGAAUGUUGCUGGUGUGACAUUACCAAUCUUUGAGCAUUACCAAGAUGGAACUGACACCAAUGAACUGACUGGACUGUCACGUGGUGGCCAGCAGAUUGACAAACUGAAGAAAAAUUAUGCCAAAGCUGUACAGCAUCUUGUUGAGCUGGCUUCAUUGCAGACGUCCUUUGUUACAUUGGAUGAAGUCAUCAAACUGACCAACAGAAGAGUCAAUGCCAUCGAACAUGUGAUCAUUCCCCGUAUUGAACGUACAUUAAGUUAUAUCUCUGGAGAACUGGAUGAACGUGAGAGGGAGGAGUUCUAUAGGUUGAAGAAAAUCCAGGAGAAAAAGAAAAAGAUAUAUGCUGAGAAAGAAAAACUUAGAGAAGCAAGGAAGAAACAAGGAAUUGAAAUGCAGGUAGCUGCUAACCUCUUGGAUGAUGAACAUGAUGAAGACUUGUUGUUUACUGACUGAGUUGGUGUGGGCUCUGUUAAAAAAGAUGGUACAUGCCACUGCCUCAUCUUUCAGUUUCCUCUCUCUGUGUUUUUGUCUAUCUUCAGCUGGGUUGUGGUGGCAAGGAAUGAAUAAAGGACAAGAGAGAGUGGAGUUCACAUUCCAGUUUUGAUUUCAGUAGAUGUCGGUUGGCAUUGUCUUCUACUGCACCUCUCUUUCCAGUGUGUGUGUGUAUGUGUGAGAGAGAGAGAAACAGACAGAGAAAUUUCUAGCUGCUGGGUGUGUGUGUGUGUUACAUGUAUUGUGUGUCUGCAUUGGGAUUUAUUGUGUGAGUAUUUGGUUUCAGGCUCUUAUCUACAGUAUAUGUCUUAGUAUAAGAGUUUGAUUUCUCUUUCUUGUGUCUGUGUGUCUAGAUGAAAUUUGCUGGUGUGUAUAUCAAUGUAUUUAGGUGUGUAUGUGUGUACACAUAUCUGGUUUAUGUGUAUAUAAUUAAAUGAUUAAUUUGAAUCCAGAAAAAAAAUCUUUACAUUCUGAUCAAAAGAGUCUAGUUUUAACCUUGGCAUAUGUAGAAAAUCAUGAGUUUUUAAUUUUGAUCUUCCUCCUCCUCUUCCAAACCCAACAACUAGUAUACUUUACCAUUGUAAUGGUUGAGUGGUAUGGCAUGAAAUGGCAUGGCAAUUGUAGUUUCACUAGUGGUGAGUGGUUGAUGGUCUUGGCUAUUUAUUUUCAUGUGUUUGUUAAUCAAAAAGCUGACCUACACAACCACUGUAAUAAUCACCUCCAUUGUUGUACUUGUUGCUCCUGACAAGUAAGUCACUGUUUAGAUUUUUUUAUUCCUCUGGUUGCAAAUUCUGUAUAGUACAACCAUUAUUUUCUUUCUCUUAAAUGAUUUACUUAUCUUAGUGGAUAUGGCUGGCUUUGACCAUCUCAGUGUAGAUGCAAAUACAAAAAUAAAAAAAAGGGUUAAUUAGCUUACAGAGACAGUAGAGACCUUUGCUACUGAGACUGGAAUUUAAGAUAUAACAAUGAGAAUCUUUAGCUCUUAAGAUCUUCUUUUGGGAUUUUAAAUCUCACCUUAAGGGCUAAAAAAGAAAGUUAGAUUAUUAAUCUAUUAAGUUUAGAGUUUACAAAAAGAAGAUAUGUUGAGUUUUCUAGUCAUGCUGCACUGAAAGUAUGGUUUUGUUCCUUAUACUACUUGUUUCUAAGUCAUCUCUGAACUGACAUUUCACAUUACUCACACAUUUUGGAUGGUGUCAGCUU